AUGUUAUGUAAAGGUGCAAAACAAACGAUUUUAGUUAUACUGAACUCUGAAGCUGCAAUUAGUAUUAUCUCAAAAAUAUUGGUAAGAAAGUUGAACCUUAAAAUUACAGAACCCUCCAACACCAUAGUCACCAUCAUGAAUUGUGCUAGAAAACAUGCGCUGGGUAAAAUACCUGAUGUAAAACUGGCUAUUGGAAGCAUAAUGAUGCCUACUACUUUUCAGAUAAUUGAAAAUUCUAAGGAAAAAGUUCAUGCCUACCUUCAUUUUGGCAAAGGAAAAUUGUUCUUGAGAUACCUGGAUAAAAGCUUGAAAGUGCCCAUUUUUCAAGCAAAGAAAGUAGAGCCUCUGAAAACCUUUAGCGAUAAGGAUAAUUUCUUUAAUCACUAUAAAAAGGAAGAAAUUGUGAAAGUGAAAAGUUACUACACUGAUGAAGCUAUAACAGAUGAAGAAGAUAACUUAUACACUAACUCCUGGGUAAAUAUAUACAGUCCUGCCAUCUACAUAACUGCAGUUGAAGAGUUUCUGACUUAUGAGAAAGUCAAUAAACCUGAAUUAACACUAGAAGAAGCUAUUCAAGCAUUAGUACAAACAGACAUCUUAAGUAAAAAACAGAAAACUGAAGUCAUACUUAUCUUAAAAAAUUACAGUGACCUAUUCUCAACCAGAUUAGAUAAGCUGAGGUAUGCUGCUGGAAUACAACAUGAAAUAGAUACUGAAGACACUAAGCCAAUUAAGCAAGUCACUUAUAGGAUAGCCUCUGAUGAACAAGAGUUCUUAAACCAAAAAAUAAAAAAUCUACUUGACAAUGGAAUGUUCUUUGACUCUAGAAUUGACCCUGAAGAUCUCGAAGGGUUGUCACCCAUUAGAGAUAAUAUGGAUUGGGAUUGUUAG